UCCUAUUAAGAGGUUGAUUCUGGAUGUCCAAGAACAUUUUUACGCUCUUAAUUAGUGUGACUGAAUCCAUAAGACAUGAAAGGAGUCUGAACGAUUUUUUUUUGUCUACCGCCCUUUCCCUAAAAAAAAACACGUCGCCACUUUUUUCUUCCUCUUCCUACACAUCGAAAACUGUCCUCCCCCAUUAUCCCUCUUCUCUUCUCAGGCGACUACACCUUCUCUCUACCGCAUCCGGCAGCGCCGCUCCGCCUCCGUCUUCGCUUCCUCUCCCUUCGUCGGAAACGAGCAUGGCAAUGAAUUGCAUAAAGUCGUUGAGAAAUGUUGGUGUCACUAACAGUGGAUUAGGAAGCUGUAGAACAUUUGCUGUUGGAGGUAAGGCGAAAAAGGGUAAAGGUGGAGGGGCUUCUGAUGCUCCAAAGCAGUCGAGUUUAAGCAAAGAAGUGAAAUCUACAACAGUUGUAGGGGCAAAUAUCCUCAAGGAGGGGACUGACCCUAAAAUACUUGCAGAUUCUGAGUAUCCAGAGUGGCUGUGGCAUCUUCUGGAUAAAAAACCUGCACUGAGUGAGCUUAGAAGGAAGAAUAUUGAAACUCUUCCAUAUGAAGACCUCAAAAGGUACAGCUCUCUUUGGGUGCUUGCAGUGUACCGACAACCUCUGCUUUUUCUGUACGCGGUGUAAAUUUUUUGAUAUUUUUCGAUCUUUUUCUCUUUAUUCUACUUACCGGCAACACCUACUAUCAAAUCUUGCGUCCGUCCCUGAUUGAUGAGGUGUUUGGGGUUGUUAAUACUUAUGUCCAUCGCGGCCUCGACUGCUUGGUUGCAUAUUUUUUGUGGUUUGACUUAUGUUUUGUAUUUCGAACAUCGUAACUUCUUCAUACGAUAUCUGAUUUUAACGAUUUUUAUAUUUA